AUGGCGUGGGCGCUCGUGUCUCCCUCAUCGAGAGGGAUUGGCUUCGCCUUGACCCGUCACCUGCUUCGCACGUUGCCUGCGAGUGUGCCCAUUGUUGCGACGGCUCGUACAGACCUGGCCGGCGUCAAGGAGCGGCUUCUCUCCUCGCUGGAAUUGUCCGGACCACAAACAUCACGCCUCGACGUGCAGGAGUGCGAUGUACUGUCCGAAGCUUCAAUAUCCAGGUUAGCUCGGUACUGCAAGGAUCGAUACCAUGACAAACCCAACGAAAAGAACGCUCAUCUUCGCAUGGGACUGCUGGUGCCUGGCAUGUUAAGGCCCGAAAAGGCACCAGAUAAGAUUGAAUAUGACUCGGCGCUGGAGACACUCAAGCUCAACUUGCUCGCCCCCAUGAUGCUAGUGAAACAUUUCGCGGUCUUUCUCCCACGGAAGUCAACGAACACGCUGGGGGACGACGGAUUACCCAAACUGGCUAUACUGGCACUUAUGAGUGCCAGAGUCGGAUCGAUUACGGAUAAUCGAUUAGGAGGAUGGUAUAGCUAUCGGGCGUCCAAGGCUGGAGUCAAUCAACUGGUCAAAUCCACGGACAUUUUUCUGUCAAUGCAGAACAGCCACAGGGCUAUGUGCAUCGGCCUGCAUCCAGGAACGGUCAAGACCAGUUUAAGCAAGGACUUUUGGAACAGUACACCCCCAGAAAAGCUGUUCAGCCCCGAGUUCAGUGCACAGAGGCUGAUCGACGUCGUCGCCGGGUUGGAGGAAAGUAGCCGGGGGAAAUGCUGGGACUGGAACGGCGAGGAGAUUCCACCUUGA